GCCAUUUUUCCAGUUCACUUUUCAGCACACUCAGGUACUUACUUUUUCUCUUGCUGUGCGUGUGAGUGAGCUGGGCGUCUACUGUGAAAAAAUUCAUUUUUAUUUGUAAGAAAAUCCCUGAUCGUAUAAUUAACAAUAUAAAAGCAAGUGAAAUGGCUGAUUUAAAUGACUCCAAUGGAAACUACGACGACAAUGAUGAGCAAAUUUCUGAGCCCGAGCAGCUACGUAAGCUGUUUAUCGGCGGUUUGGACUACCGAACCACCGAUGAGGGCCUUAAAGCUCAUUUUGAGAAAUGGGGCAAUAUCGUCGAUGUUGUGGUUAUGAAGGAUCCAAAAACAAAGCGCUCUCGCGGUUUCGGCUUUAUCACUUACUCGCAGUCUUAUAUGAUUGAUAAUGCGCAGAAUGCACGUCCCCAUAAAAUCGAUGGACGCACUGUUGAGCCAAAGCGUGCCGUGCCGCGACAGGAGAUCGAUGCGCCCAACGCUGGCGCUACGGUAAAGAAAUUGUUUGUGGGUGGUCUGCGUGACGAUCAUGACGAGGAGUGCUUGCGCGAGUACUUCAAGGAGUUCGGGCAGAUUGUUGGCGUCAAUAUUGUGUCUGACAAGGACACCGGCAAGAAGCGCGGCUUUGCGUUCAUUGAGUUCGACGAUUACGAUCCUGUGGACAAAAUUAUCCUGCAGAAGACGCACAACAUCAAGAACAAGACGCUCGACGUAAAGAAAGCAAUUGCCAAACAGGAUAUGGAUCGCCAGGGUGGUGGUGGUGGCGGCGGCGGCGGUGGUGGCGGCCGUGGCGGUCCCGGAGGACGCGCCGGUGGUCGAGGUGGUGAUCGUGGUGGCCAAGGCGGCGGCUGGGGUAACAAUCGCCAAAAUGGCGGCGGUAAUUGGGGUUCCGGUGGCGGAGGCUUUGGUAAUAAUGGCAAUUUCGGUGGCAACCAAGGUAGCUCUGGUGGCUGGAACCAACAGACCGGCCCCUGGAAUAACCAGGGCGGUAACAGCGGCGGCGGCGGUGGCUGGAACGGUGGCGGUGGCGGCUACAGCGGCAGCGGUGGUAACAGCAACGGCAACUGGGGUGGCGGUAACGGCGGCGGUAGCUUCAGCAACGAUUAUCAACAGAGCUACGGUGGCGGUCCGCAGCGCAACAGCAACUUUGGCAACAAUCGCCCGGCGCCAUACAACCAAGGCGGCGGCUUCAACAAGAGUGGCGGCCAAGGCAGCGGAGGUGGCCAGGGCGGUUUUGGUGGUGGAAAUAAUUACAACACCAGCCAAGGUGGCAAUAUGGGCGGCAAUAGACGUUACUAAUCAAGGUAAACACUUACAGAAUCAGUUCAAGCUAGACAAAAAGGCAGUCUAGGCGCAGGCAGUGAGACAGGCAGAGGCAGGCAAUCAAUGACAGUGAGAGGCAGUGAAAUUUGGGAAAGGCAGGCAGACAAGAUAAUGAUUUAAGCAAGUAAUCAGCAGCUAUACAGAAAAUGAAGUGUAUGCAGUUAUCAGGCAAUCGACAUUGUGUGCCCUCAAGACCAGCCUAUAAGCAACUAACUAACCCCGAUAAAAAACAAAGAAAGAAAAUAAUAUCAAAACAAACAAUACUAAACAAAUUAUGUUUGAUAUGAACCUGAGAAACUCACUUCAACCAACAAAUAUCAACAAUUUAUUGCUAAUGUCUUGUCUCAAUUAUACAUACAUUUAAUUUUUAUGAUCAAUUCGUGUUUAGGAUUUUAAGAACCUUGAACGCUUAGUUUUAACUAAAUUAACACACCAUACAACAACACAACAAAAAACAAAAACCUAUCCGAAAAAUAUACUAAAACUAUAUAAUUUUAUUUAUAAAAUUGACUAUUGAAAAUGCAUCUUUUGCAACAAUUCUCUUCGAGAAUCGAUUGUCCAUAUGGAUUGAGGUGGCCGAAUUGGUGGCCUGCAGUAUAUAUAUACAUAUAUAUAAAAAAAAGGAAAAGGUAGUGUACCUUAAAUUCAAUGUAGAUUGUAGUCGACGAUGCUCAGUUUAUAAAGCACUGAUCGUACUUUACACAUAUAAUUUUUUAGAAAAUCAGCAAACAAUUUUUUAAGUAAAUAUAUAGAAAGAAACCUAUUUUGUAAUAAAUUUUUUGUAUAUUUAAGCUUUUUAUAUCUAUGAUUUAUAUUAUCUGAGAAAUGCCCACAAAAGGAACCAAAUAUCUGUUAAUUCACAAAGAUACGUGAAAAUGAUUGUGCACAUUUUUUACAUUCAUUUUUAUUUUCCAACAAAUGCAUAAUAUGAAUAUGCAUUAACGUUACAUACCAAUUUUUGUUAGUGUAUAAGACGUAUAUAGCAGCUAUUCUGAUUGAUUUUUGGUACAAAAGAACUAAAAGUAAAUAUCAUAAAAUUUGUUCUGUAAUUAGUACGUUACGAGGUAAAACUAAAAA